AAUGUGACCGGAGCUGAGAGGAAAACAAAAACAGAGGCGCUGUGUGACCAGUUCGCUAUCGGCCAGGAACAAUCGAUAGUGCUAUCGAUUGACGGUGACAUAACGUGACUUCGACUGUGACUGCCUGCCAUGUUACGAAAACUGCUACCCAGUGUGCGGUUGGCCCUGCAGGCGCCGAAGGUGACAGCAACAACCGUGAGAAGCACCAGCGGCGGCGGCAGUGUUUACGAACCGGAUUACCUGGAGUCCCUUAAACCAAAAUUCCCGCAAUACGAGAGCCUCAACGUACAGAUCAAGGGCUAUGACUAUCCACAGCUGGAGAGCUAUCAGCGCUUCCUUCAUGGCGUGGCCGAGUAUUUGGAAUUGGAUGUCUCCGACUGCUACGCCCUGCCGCCACAGCAAACACAGGUUCAGCGUCUGCGGCCAAACUCCACGGUGAUUGAGUCCGAGUACAAGCUGACCACCUACGAGCGGAACCUGCAGCUGAACAAUGUAGAUGCACCUGUCUAUCCGCAGUUCCUGCGCCUAGCUCAGUCAGCCCUGCCUGAGGGCGUUAGCCUGAGUGUCCAGGAGCACACCGACGACUGCGAGGAGCGGCGUUAUGUGCCGGACAAGGAGCUGCUCGACCUUAAGUCCGAACUGGAUCGCAUGGGUGGCCCCACCACCUCCAAGAAGAAGUAGGAUCCGUUUUUGGCAAACAUUUAAUGCUAAGCUGUGUAAAAAGUGUGGAGAGAAGAACCUAUAAGUAAAAACUUUCCUAUUUAAA